GGCCUUAUGAGGAGCAGCUGAAGGAGCUGGGAUUGUUCAUCCAACCUUGGUGAUUCUAUGAUUCUGUAUAAGGCAUAAAUCUUCUUUUAAUUCUUAAAAUAUUUUAAAAUAUUUUCCUCUGAGCGUCCCAUGAAAAUCAGUGUUACUUUGCAGCAAUCAUCUGAAUGUUUUUGUGUAUCUUGUGUCAGUGAAGAAACUUGACCAAACAAACCCCAACAACAAAACAGAGAGAAUGGCAUCGAUCUCUAGACCUCACCGACAUGUUACAGACAAAUUCAACAAAUGAGAGCAGGCAAAAAGAAGAACGGAGCCUGAAAGAUGCUCCUGCCUCUUCAUAAAUGAAACAUCAGCCCAGAAGUAAACUUGACAGUCAGUGACUUUGUAAUGCAAGAAGCGCAGAGCACAAGCAAAAAUUGUGUAACACUUUCAGAUUCUCUGAGGCUGGAUCCAGGGCUCGCACGUCCCCUCGGUUAUCAGCAAGCCCCUUCCAUUUCAACCUGACUUCUGCGUCUAUCUGUUAUGCCUCUCUCUUUCUGAUCCCUGAAAUGAUCUCCGGCAUAUUGGCUUGAUAAAGAAUAAAGAACAAGGCUUCCGGGGGAAGAGAGAAAAAGUGUUACAGAGCAGCACUGAUAAGAUGAGUAAAUAUUACAAAAAAAGGAAGAAGAGCCAACGGAGUACAAUUUUACCCAGACCACCCCAAUGGACAGGGACACCAAGGGGAGGCCAAGGCAUCAGCUGCACCUCUAUGGAGCAAUGUGAAAACAGAUAGUGUUCUCCAUGGCAACGUGACAUGGUGAGAUUUCAGCCAAGACUUGCUUUGUCUGAUGGACAACAGGUUGAUCAUGAGCCAGCAGUGUGCUCUGUGGUCGGGAAGAUCAGCAGUAACCUGGGGUGCACUAAAAAAAGGGUGGCCAGCAGGUUGAGGGAGGUGAUUCCCUCUGUUCUGCCCUGGUGUGGCCACAUCUGGAGCACUGUGUGCGCGCCAGGCUCCUUGCUGUGUUGCCCAGCAAUGGCACAAGAGGCAACAGGCACACACUGGACCUCAGGGAGUUACUCUGGAACAUGAGGAAGAAUUUCCCUGUGAGGGCGGCAGAGCACUGGAGGAAGCUGCCCGGAGGGGCUGCGGAGUCUCCUUCUCAGGAGAUCAUCAGCAUCUGCUUGGAUGCUUUCCUCAGCAAUCUAACCUAGGGAAUCUGCUUUAGCAGACGGUUGGGCUGGAUGAUCUCGAGAGGUCAUUUCCAGCCUCUUCAGUUCUGUGAUUCUGUGAUGUUGCACCUAAGCACCUUUGUCUGUCCCGCCUUUUGCAGAUGGACCUGGGGUCUGCCCUGGUGGUAAUCUCAUUUCAUACUGUCUUUGACUCAGCUUGCAGCUGUAACUUCAGCCUGGCUAUGGUCAAGCAAAGAAUAGGCUUGUUACUGAGCAGGUUUCUUUUUUAAGUAGAACAGCAGCUUGUCUACAGAAGGUGUAGGCCAAGUUUUAGUGUCUUCUGACGCAGCGGAUGAAGGAUUAUCUGCUGGGCCCAAAUGCUGGGCAGAGCUGACCUAAGCAAGAGGUUUAAAAUGGCGCGCAAACAGUGACAGGGGAUGCAGGUGAUCCGUAGGGCAGAGAACAGAAAUAUUAAACAGAGCAAAUCUGGGAGGAGCCUCCUCGUCAUUUAUUUUCAAGAAAGAAGCAGUCAGAACUCAAGCAGAAGCAGGCUUCAUAGGGAUGGGGAGCACAGCAAUCCUGUGCUGUGAGAAGGAAGAUCGCUGAGUCUAGCAGACAAAACCUCACACAGGUGAGGUGCCUCCCAGCAGAAGCACAACAGCCUGGGCAGUCCAGCUGCUCUCAGGCCCACUUCCAAAGCGUUCUGGCUAAGCGGGCGCACACAUCUCUCCUGCUGAGGAGUUUGGUCUACGCCAUUUGAACCGGGGUCCAGAGCCAGCCCCGCCCGGGCGGGGCAGCGUGUCACAGUGGGGCCCUUUGUGACACGUCCCUGUGUCACCCAGGCAUAGCUGGCACCGACACGGCAGCCCCGCAGUGUCCGUCAGGACAGCGAGGAGACAGGGCAGCAGUGUGCGGGUCUGGCGAGGAGCCCCCCGAGCGCAGCCCACGUCGUUUUCCUCAACCCCCGGCAGCCCCGCGGCUGCCCCCUCCCCACCCUCAGCUCUCAUCCAGCAGGAUGGAGAGGAAACCUCCUAAACGCCCCAGGGUAGCCUGGGAGGAGAGUGGGGCUCCCCGGGAGAGGAAACCUCCACGGCAGCCCUACGAAGUGACCGAGGUGCAGCCACUGCGUGCUGAUGCUGACUGGUUGCCUGUGUACGCAGUGGAAAAGGAGGCUGUAGAUUGCAUCGAAGCCUAUGUCAAGAGGAAGGAAAAGGAUCUGGUGCAGAAGAUGCAGUUCCUGAACUGCAUUUGCCUACUCUGCAGCAGUGCCAUAAGGAAGGGCUUGACAGUCAGCCUGGAUAUCUUCAGCUUCCUAAAUGAUCUGCCAGAGCACAUUGAGGUUCUGUUGUGCGAGGAGCCCAGGGAGCAGCUGACCACAGCACUGAGAUACCACUGCAUGAAUGCUAUUGCUGCCUUGAGCGAAGCGAUGGCACUUUCAGAGAGCGGAAUAUUACACCUCUUAAAUGUGUGCUUCAAUGUCAUCUUCUACCUUCUUCCAACCAGGGUCUUGAACAUUUGCCUCUACAACCAUACCCUGAGUGCUAUGGACAACAUGCUACAGAUCGUGCUAGGCAGCCAUCCCACCUCCAGCGUCAAUAAGCAGCUGCAGAGCAUCUUUGAGUUGCUGCUGUCCUUCACCUACUCUGGGAUCAAAUAUGUGCGUGAGAGGGCCAUGGAGCGGAUCUGGAAGCUCUGCGGUUUCACAGCCAGCAGUUUCAGGCAGCAGCUGCUUGGAAAACUCCUGGACCCUCCUCAGACUACAGGCAUCGUCCUCAAGACCCUGGAAAAGACCACUGCUGACUGCAGCGCUGAGGACAAGGAGUAUGCCAGGAUUAUACUGGAUUUGGUUUUGAAAGACCCUGACACCUGGCUGACGGACGUGCCAGAGAUUCUGGGCUUCUGGAGAAAGAUGAAAAGGAACAGCACGUCAGUUCAGGCCAUCUUCCUCUCAGUGCUUGAUGUGCUGGCAGGCCGGUUUCCCAGGGAUGUGUUAACAAGCGUGUUGACCCAGCUACCACACACUGAUCAGAGCACUACCCUGGAGGUCUGGAAGAUGGUGCUUACCCUGCCGGAAUCUUCCGAGAGGAUCUUGAAUGAACUGUACAGCAUUCUCCAGGACAAAGAGCUGUGCAGGAUCGCCACAGCGGAGUCGGGCCUCCUCCAGCUGACUGUGCCAGAGAUUCUGGGGUCCAUCCAUAGAAGCCUGGAAAGAAACAGCAAAUCACUUCAAAAGACACUCUUCUCACUGCUUGAUGUUCUGACCAUCCAGUUUCCCAAGGAUGUGCUGAGGAGUGUGUUGACCGACCUUCCACAAACUGACAGCACUACCCUGGACAUGUGGAGCAGCGUGCUUCCCGUGCUGAAAACGUCAGAGCACAUCUUGGACGAACUGAGCAAUGUUCUCCAGGACCAGCGGUUGUGUGAGAUCUUUAAUGUCACCACAGCGGAGUUGGGCCUCCUUCGCUUGACUGUGAUACAACCCACAGAAGAGAACAUGCAGCAGUUGUGUCAGCCAGCACGCCUCCAGAGGCUUCUGAAAAUCGAAAGCCUGCCACUCCUCUGGCUGGUGCUCACAGGCCUUGUCCUGCUGUCCGAGAGACCUGAGACGGCAGGAGUGAUACGGGCUCUGUUUCCAGAAGUCAUGGAGACCCUGCGCUUUGCCAGCACGCCCAUUACUCUGAAGGUGCUCAAUAUCUUCAGAAAUGUAAUGCGCAAUCUGGGGAAGAGGCAGGCCAGUCCCGUUGCUCUGCAGCUGGCUGAGAAGAUUCUGCCUCUUUUUAAUCACGUGUCAAGUGAGGUGCGAGAAGGUUCCAUCCGCCUCUUCAAAGAUAUGAUGGAAGCUGUGGUGUGGUGUAAGAAGAGAAACAUGAAGAAGGCUGUGCGCAGGGGCCUGCUCCCUCUGCUCUUUCAGAUGAGCGACGAGACCCCGAGCGUAGCACAGGCAUCUGGGGAAGCCCUCGUGGCGUGUGCCAAGUUCCUGAAGUGGAAGGAGCUCAAGCACCAGGCCCGGGAGGAGAACACAGUGGGGAUCAGGAUGUGUUUGCUGCAGCAGGACAGGAGGAGAGUGGAAGGCUACCUGUGGCAGAGCCUGCCAUAUCUGGAGGAUUCUCAGGCCUCCCUGCGAUGCGAGGCUGUCACAUUCCUUGGGCUGGCUGUGCAGCACUCCAGGGAACAAAGUGAGGAAAUGCUGAAUGAAAUCUGCAAUGCCCUUCAGCCUUUGGAAGAUGACGCCCAUCCGGCAGUCCGUUCCCUGGCAGCUGGGACAAUCCAGAUGCUGAGACAUGAAAGGCAGCAGGCGGCAUCAGCACGGAGCAGGCUCGCAGCGCUUUGCUGCUGGCCCUGCAUCGCCAUCUGAAAUGUGUCAAGUGAGGUGCGAGAAGGUUCCAUCCGCCUCUUCAAAGAAGUGAUGGAUGCUGUGGUGUGGCGUGAGAAGGCAAACAUGAAGAAGGCUGUGCGCAGGGGCCUGCUCCCUCUGCUCUUUCAGUUGAGCAGCGACAAAGAAUGAUUCUGCAAAGCUUCUUUGCUGACAUUUAGCUCUUAAAAUAACGACAUUAUUUUUAGUAUCCUACGUUAUUUUAUACAUUUUAUGUUUUGUUAGUUUUGUAUUAAAUUAUAUUUUUACAUUUAAAUAUUUUUGUAAUAAAAUAUAUUUUUAUAUUUAUA